AUGGCAGACUUCUGCCGGUUUUUUAAAGUCGCAGGGGAAUUCGGCAAUAGAGCCACCCUUGAAAAACUGCGCGCUCUGUUAUCGCAAGAACGUGAAUCGUUUCGCGUUUGCCUGCAGACACUCAGCCACCUUCUUGGACUGAAACUCAAUGAACUGAUCAGUUUCGAUCGUAGUUUUGUUAUGAAAGAUGAUGUAGUAUCAAUAUAUCUGUCAGGAGACCUACCGGAAAGCGUAACAGCUCUCCUCGAUGAACUGGACACGCAACCCGCUAGGAAACAUGCUAUGGCGUUACAAGUAGGCAAACUGCUAAAAGCGCGUAUUCGUUAUGGACUCAAUGACGUAUUACAAGCGCUGGAUGGCGCCCCGGCCAAGGAUUUAUACAGCAGGAGCAUCGCUUGCCUCCUACGUAUCACUAUGUGUGCGCUAAAGGUAGAGUGUGAUAUGCGACGGGCAGAUGAACCAGAAGUAUUGGAAUACAUGGUCGAUGAGACGGGUGCAUCCCUCUGUGAGGUGCUCAGCAGGUGCUGCGUUGUACUAUGCAUCUUUGGAGCAGAGGAAUCAAACCUAUUUGAAGACGUCAAAGAGGUACAGGAGACUUUGUUAGGACUGGUACCGGGACCGCUAAUGUUACAUAUAAUAGGCGCAUUCCCAGUGAUUGCAUUCGACAGUGAAUGUCUCUUUUCUUUGCAAAACAGACGCGUGUUCGUUGAGUCAUUAGCCACAAUAUUGCCCGAUAUACUAGAUCACAUUUUGAUAUUCAAUCGCAUAGGAGCGCAACAUGACUCCCGUACAAAAGAGGUACGCAAGAACAGGGUAGAUGCAAGUGACGCGACCAAUACCAGGGAUUCGCAGGAGGCAUCACCCACAGCUGCUGCAGCAUUGUUUGGGGCAUCUUUUCAUGGGUCGAUAUGGAAUACCAAGCCUGAUGGCUACAAUACACGUAGAGUCAGAAAUUCGCAAGAUCCCGAUAGGUCACCUACAGCAAUUCAGGUUAACACAGCGGAUUGGGAGUUUGCAUUUGGUAAUGUGCCUCGUGUCAGAACACUAUCUUUACUGCUUGAAUUCAUACUCAAGUAUGUCAAAGUAGGUGGUGAUGACACGGUUGAGAAACAUAUGAUCGGUUGGCUUGACGCUCUAGUAUCGAAGCCGUGCUUCGUUCAAACAUUCGCCCCGAUAUUCUCCACUGGAGACACCAGUAACUUUGAAAAUAUACUCGAGCUUUCACGCAUUCUACGUAAGGAUAUUUUCGUGUCGCACCUAAUACUAGGAAUCGGAGAACACUCUGACAAGGCCCUGCGUAUGGUCACCGCCGCAGGCAUAGAUAUACUUACGUCAGACCGUAUAUAUGCUCCACAAGUACUUGCAUUUAUGGUAGAAGGUGUCAGAAAACGCCCUCUGGAAAUCAUAGAGUGCUGGUGUACAUUACUAAGGCCUCUGGUACUACCCCGUGGAGGCGAUGAUGCGAUACGCUUUGCCGAUGGUGUUGCCACAACCCAGCUCCUACAAGUUGCUGAUCUCUUGUUCGAUACCGUCGCUCGGUACGCGCUUAUGCAGAAUUUUGGCGACGAGUGUCACCCCGACGAGGACAAUGUAAAUGCAUGCACAGCCAGACAACUUAUGGUGUUGCUGAUGGAGAUUUUAGGACACAGGAAAGUCGCAGCGAAACUCACAGAUGCUAUUAACAGCGCUCACGUCGCAAUGAAUGAGACGGUCACACUGGAAACAGUCCAGGUACUGGAGCAUGCAGUGUUUUGUAUGUGGCUGAUGAAGAUGCCUGAUGCUGAACUCCGCGAGAAAGAUUUAUUUGCUUUUGUUAGGGGAAUCAACGAGAAAACACUCCAACAUAUGAUUCACAUAUUCGAUACGUCGAAAGCCUACGACCAUACGAGCAAGAGGUUGGAGGCACUUGAAAAAAUCAAAAAAGGCAUACGUGGAAGUAGGUUGAGGAAUAUGGUUGAGAAUCGUGAGAUUUGGUUUGACGAUGCUCAGAUUAACGGUGCUAACUCGGAGGAUUGGGACCUAUACUAUGCUGAAUUUGCUGAUGAGAUUAAACGUCAGCUAACAGAUGCUGUCCUGCAUGGCAUGCCAACUGCUGGACUGUUCAGAGGGAACACUGCUACACAAGAUAGCACUUCACCUACAAACUCAGCGAGACCGUCAAAAAAUUCACGUAAAUCAAGGAGACCUGGUAGGAAACCUUCGCAUGCCGGUAGUCGCCAUACAGCACAUUAUAGUGGUACCACUGUGGAUGACUACGUUCGCCGGGUAAAGCUUCUCAUGAGGAUCCACAAACUUGACGGUACCAAGAAAGUGGAUGAACAUGUAUGUGCUACCAUAGCAGCGGCUAUGGCACACUACAAUAUGUCAGUUGAAGACUGCACCUCGAUAUUUGAGCUCAUGCUACCAUGGUGCCCCGCACAGUUGCUACAUAAAAUUCACGAAAGUGGCCGACAAAAUAUGGUUAUCGCACUUAUGAAUUCCCUGUCACAUGAUCCUGAUGAACGAUGUGCUGGGUUGUUACCGGAAAUGAUGGCCACUGCCAUGGACUUAUGCAACACAUCUGGAGAUGUGCGGCCGUUAAUUGGGCUCAUGAAAGUUAUUACGAGUACUGUGACGGCACACCGACCGCUGGCUGAGAUGCUAGAAGUGGAUAAUGGACUCACGAUAUUGCAGAAUUUUAUAGUAUAUGUAAAUUGUCUCAAAAUAUCUACAGCGCAUUUUUUGGAGGUUCGAGGUACAAUGAAUUUAGCACUUGUAGAGCGUUACCUGAAAUUUGGAACUGUUCAUGCAGGAGUGCCUAUUCAACAAUUUGUGCACACUCAAUUGCAGCAAAUCAUGUCUGCUCGUGCAGCUACCUUUUCCAUAGCUCUGCAGUCAGACCCUGGAAGAGAAUCGCAACCCUACGCCGCUCGUGGUGACCUGAGUACCUUGGACACGUUGAUCGUCAGCACCUUUCAACUAUUCUUCAUGACCAAUUCUUCAUCAUCACGUGGACUGAAAGAAUAUUGCGAAAGGAACCUCAGCGACGUAUUUCACUGGGACUUGCUAGGAAGGGAGUAUGCGAUUGCCUUCAGGACAGUUGCCUUGUUGUUCAGAUGCUUCAGCCAGCUCUCAAAUACGAAGCUCAUGUUCAUAUUUGAGCAUUUCGUCGGGCUGGCGGCCAGGGUAAACGGAGAUGCCCACUCCACCGCACGCAGGAGCAUCCUCACAGACGAUUGCUUAAUACGACCCGAGGCAGUUGAAUAUUUCUAUCAAGUCCAUCGACAACUGGCGAAGCGCUGCACCGUAGCACCGGUAUCAACGUCUAAACGGGCCAGAGCUGCUUAG